AUGUCUCGCGACCCUCUCCUCUCCAAGCCGGCCCAAUACCUCACCUUCCCCGCCUCUGAGUCGCAGCGCCAUUCGGAAAAGCACUCGGGCAACAGCGCCAUCAUCCGCGACACCAUCAUCGGCUUCGCAGAUGGCUUGACCGUUCCCUUUGCCCUGACUGCUGGCUUGUCUUCCAUCGGUUCCACCCGCCUGGUUAUUUUGGGUGGUCUGGCGGAGCUCUUCAGCGGUGCCAUCAGCAUGGGUCUCGGCGCGUACCUGGCUGCCGUGACCGAAAGCAAGACCUACCAAGUCGAGGAAGCACGAGAGCGGCGCGAGGUUGAGGAGAUGCCAGAAGCCGAGGAACAGGAAAUCUACGAAAUCUUUGACGAGUACAAUGUGCCGCGCGAGACGGUCCGUCCGGUCGUUGAAGCGCUCCGCCAAGACAAGGACAUGUGGGUCAAGUUUAUGAUGGACUUCGAACUCAAGCUUGAGAAGCCUGCCCUAAACCGCGCUUGGAUCUCAGCACUCGUCAUGGGCCUCUCCUACUUCCUGGGCGGACUUGUGCCCAUGCUUCCAUACUUUUUCCUCGACGACAUUCACCACGCCUUGUUCACGUCGGUCGCCAUCACAGUGGUCGUCCUGCUCAUCUUCGGUUACGUCAAGGCAAGUGCAACCAGCUGCCCGAGAAAGACGUGCUGGUUCAGCGCGUUCCAGACGCUACUCGUGGGAGCAUUAGCCGCGGCCACCAGUUACGCCAUCGUACGCGGCGUGGACUCGUUCAAAGCUGGCCAUGACUAG